UUCAUUGAAAUUAACUUUCACUCUCCCCAUGUAUUCAAAUAUUUGUAUAUAAAUAUGAAUCGUUUUGAUUGUUUCAAGUCAAUUGAUUGAUGUUGAUUCUGUUGUUCAUUUAAUUUGGAGGCAAGAAAAUCAUCAAGCUAAUCAACAAUCUGAAUACUAAUGAUGAAGGUAAUUUACUUGUCAAUUGUUUCAUUUGUAAUUAGUGUCAAUGGACAGAAUUUAUCGCCUGGGGCUUGUCAAAGUUCAACUCAGUCAACUGGUGGUUUCGAUUUGGAUAAAUAUCUAGGUAAAUGGUAUGAAAUUGCUCGAACUGAUAAUAUCUGGGAAAUUGGACUAAAGUGUGUAACAGCUAAUUACAGUAUUAAUGGUGAUGGAACUGUAAGAGUAGAUAAUCAAGGAUUUAAUUCAAGAGAUAAAUUGUCUAAAGCUAUUGGUACAGCGAGAAUAACGGAAACCGGUAACUUACUUAAGGUCAAAUUUUCAAGAUUCUCACCUGAAGCUCCAUACUUAAUUGCUGAUACUGAUUUCAAUAGCUAUGCUAUUGUCGUUUCUUGUGUUGAUAUUUUCAAGGCGUUUAAAUUUGAAUCAGCAUGGAUACUUUCACGAUCGUCAAGUUUACCUAAAGAUACAGUGGAUCGGCUAUUAAAUGAUUUGGAAAGCAAAUCUGGAGUCGAGAAAAAAGUAAUGGAAUUAGUUGAUCAAUCAAAUUGUCCCAAAUGAAAACUAAUCAAAUCAAAUGAUAAAUUAAAUGGAUAAAAACACCAAAACUCUGAUUGAUAUUUUGCUAUAACUAUCUGAAUAAAAACUCUGAGGAUAAAUUGA